CUGAGCUAUACUUGGACAGCGAAUAUGACUGGCAACAAUUCCAAAGCGCCCUCAACGACAGAAGUCAUCGUGCCCUCCAACAGCCUCUCCCCGUCAGCGGACCUCGAGCUCCAGCCUAUUCCUACGUCCGCAUCACCAACACUCUCAAACGCGGUCGAUGUCCUCCCCGCCACACCCUCCGCAAGCCAAUGGCGACGUACUUCGAUCAUCUUCGCUGCUACCUGCUGUACUUUCACUGGUUGUGGGCUGAACUUCGCUUUCGGGUGCUAUCAAGAGCAUUAUGAGAGUGUAGACGGGCCAUUUGGGGGACAAGUUGCCGCGGCUAAAGUCGAUUUAAUCGGAACACUAGCAGUAAGCCUCAUGACGAUCUUCGCUCCCUGGACAUCAUACUGGACUGCCAAGUACGGCCCUUCCCGCGUAACCCUCCUAGGUGCCGUUCUAUUCUCUCUAGGGAUGAUCAUAGCAGGCAGUUGUACCUCCCUCUGGCAGUUCCUCCUCACCCAAGGGGUGACCGUCGGUCUCGGCACCUGCCUCUCGUACAUCCCAGCCGUUACCGUCUCCCCCGGCUGGUUCGACCGUAAUCGAGCACUAGCGAUGGGGAUAGUUCUGAGCGGCACAGGUCUAGGCGGGCUCGUCUGGAGUCCUUUAACGAAUGUCAUGAUCCAAAACCUUGGGUUUAGGAACGCACUCCGUAUCACCGGCAGUGUCGGGUUCGUCCUUAUAGCUCUUGCUGCGCUCCUCCUGGACUGGGCGCCCGGUUUCCGCCCUGGCCAGGACGGGCGGCCGAGGAGAGGCGGGAUGCAGCUCGUCAACUGGCGCGUGGCGAGAGGGAAACUGUUUGGCAUCAAGAGCGGCACAGCUGUGCUCCAAGCAGCGGGGUACUAUUUCCCCCUGUACUUCAUAGCGAGCUACGCGUACAAGGUCGGGCUAACGAAACAGCAAGGAGCUAACUUGCUCGGGCUGUCAAACGGCCUCUCAGCACUGGGGAAGAUCGUCCUCGGCGCACUGGCAGACCGCUACGGCAGGCUCAACAUGCUCUGUUUCUGCUGUAUCGUCAGCGCCGCCGGUGUCCUAGCUCUCUGGAUGCCCAGCGCUGCCCUUCCUGGGCAGGAGACUACUCCUCUCUUCUACGGUUUCGUUGUGGUGUAUGGGCUUACCGCGGGAGGGUACGUCUCCCUCUUCCCUACCAUCCUGGUCGAGCUCUUCGGCGUGCAGCAUUUCGCCUCCAUCAACGGCCUGCUCUACUGUCUCCGCGGCCUGGGCACCUUAGUCGGCACCCCCCUCACCUCUCUCCUCCUGCGGGGUUAUGCAGGCCAGGGGGCGCUGGCGGACGUAGCCGGUAUCCCGGGUGGGAGUGGGUAUGUGGAGAGUAUUGCUCUGAACGGGGCGGUCCUCGGAGCCGCGUCGGUGGGGGCGGCUUGGUUGAGAGUCGAGAUUGCGAGGAGGGAUGGGUGGAAAUGGAAGAUGUGACCCAAUGGAGCCGUACGAUGUUGGCUUGUAUAGCACGAUAUCAACCGUCAAUGGUCUCGUGCGAUGUUGUUUCUGGGCAAUGCAUACUCUAGCAACUACAUCUUCAGUUAUCAGAAGAUGGAGGAGUGCCAGUACAAGAUUCCCAGAAAAACUCAGUACAUGUUGGGUGUCUACAUACCCCGUAAACGUUGG